GCCCAGUGCAAUUUGGGAUGAAAUUUGGGAUGGAAUACAUGCUACCGUUUGGUAUACGAACUGAUCUUAAACGUAGCUAGUUCUACUCGUAGUAAGUUGAGCACAUGCAGCGGUAAGGUCGGAUCAAGUUAACCGCGCGACCUAUUCUAAUUCUAAAUCUAAAUCUAAAUCUAAAUCUAAAUACUUACUUACGAGCUGAUCGAGUCAUAUCUAUCCCAAACGAGAAAGAGUCGUGGCGGAAGGCUGAACUGCGAAUUGAAUAGGCCGGCCAAGUUCAAGUUUCCGUGAGGUUUAAUUAAGCUAAUCAAGUUGUACUUUUUUCAUCGCUGGUAGACGCGCGGUGUACCCCUGUGCCAGGCCAUAUCUGAUAUCGCUGCUGCCCGGAGAUUGAGGUAGAAGAGAUUGACUAUGAACAGUAACCGGGUUGGGUUGGACAGCCCGGGGAGGGUCGGAUACUUUCGGGCAUAUUUUGAUUUGUGUCGAGGUUGGUUGGAAUCAUUGCAAAUUGGAACAAAGUAGUACUAAUUGGAAAUGUUUCCUAAAGAAAUUUAUGACUUGCAUGAUGAUAGAUUUGACGGGUCUUUCAACGUGCAUCAAAUCUUUAAAGAGGUGUUCUUUGAUAAUAGUGAAAGCAAAAGAAAGUGUAAUGUGACCGGAAGUAUCAAAUUUGAACGUGAUGAUGAAAAAGGAAACAUUGUGCAUGGGAAUUCUUACUGCUCGAAGGAAGCAAGCUCUGGAGGAAAAGUGCAUGAAAGGAAAGAGCUUGCUAACACCAGGCAUCAUUUGAGAACUUCAAUAAACUCAUUGGGUUCCUUGGAUGUUGCUGUAGAAGCAACUUCUGAGAUUGUGACUCAUCAUGUAGUUGAAUCAUAUAACAAAGAGGUAAUUUGUGGUUGCUAUCUGCAGAAGUUGCAAAGUCAGCUGAAUAGAGAAAAUGAAAUCACCGGAAAGGAUGCUAUAGUACUAGAACCCUCUAAGUUCAAUGAAAAAAAUGUUGUUAGCAAACACACUGUCUCACUUGUUUCUUUGAACAAUCGUGCCACUGAGUCUCAGCAGGCCAACACCAUUCAACUAGCCAAGUCGAAGGGUAAGGAUUCUUCCUUUAAGGAACUGGAUGAAUCUGGAUUCUCAAGAAGUGAAGAAUCUCCAAAUGUAAAUAUUCAGUUUAGUGAAUCUUCUCUUAUUGCAGUUAGUGUUGUGUUAAAUGAUGAUCAAUCUAUACAUAAAAAAUGCUCUGGUCAAAGUGUGGCACCUCAUGAUCCUAAGAAAAGGUCGCUGUCUUCAUUGGACAAUGACAAUCAGCACUCUCCCAAACACAGGAGGAUAUUGGAGAAAGAGAAAGACAAUUGCUUGCUUGAAGUUCCGGUCUAUUUAGAGAAUGAAACCUUAACCUUGUGGGGAAGAACAGAGGCAGUAAUCAAUAAUAGAAGUUCUGUUAACUUUGGAAAACGUUUAUAUCUGUGUCAGGAGAAAGAAAGCAAAGAAGAAUUCAAAGAAGCUCUGGUCAAACAUGUUUCUCUAGGUGCAAAAUCCUACCCUAAAAUGAAGGUAAAGAAGAAAUCAAAACUGCUCUCGGAGAUAAUUUUGACAGAUUCGCGCAGACAUGACACAGCGGCAUCCAAUUGUAAGGCUGGAUUAUCCUCUAGAAAGGGUGCCUGCAGAAAAAGUAAGCCAAAGAAGUGUAAAAAGUUGCGUGUGAAGGAUGGUGGUCUUUCAAACUCAACUACUGUCAAAAUUAAAGCAUCCAGUUCUGCAAAAAAUAGGUCUUUUGGUAAAUCCAAACCACUAAAAAAGAAGAGACAACAAAAAGGUCGUUGCAGGUUACUUCUGCGGGGCGCAAAAAGGUGUGGUGGGAAACAGCCCUUGGAUGGAAAGUGGCCUGCUUAUGCUCCAAGAACAGUGUUGUCAUGGUUGAUUCAUUCCGGGACAAUUUCGACUAACGAAGUGAUCCAAUAUCGGGAAGGUCCACAAGGUAGUUUUGUUGUGAAAGAUGGCUCAAUUACUAGGGAAGGCAUAUUAUGCAAGUGUUGUGGUGAUGUGUUAUCUAUCUCCAAGUUCAAGAGUCAUGCUGGUUGCAAGCUGAACCAUCCAAGUUUGAAUCUGUUCAUGGAAACUGGUAAUAAGCCAUUCAUCUUGUGUCAGCUUGAGGCAUGGUUAGCUGCAUACAAGGCUAAGAAACCAGAUCCUCAAGCAGCACAGCCUAAUGGAACAGAUCAAAAUGAUGAUAGUUGUGGGCGUUGUGGUGAGGGUGGGGAGUUGAUAUGUUGUGAUAACUGUCCAUCUACAUUUCAUCAGGCAUGCUUGUAUGCACAGGAACUUCCAGAAGGGAGUUGGUAUUGCCCGCAAUGCGCAUGCCGGGCCUGCGGGGAUGUGGUAAUAGAUACUGAAGUUUCUGCAUUCACUAAUGCACACAAGUGUAUACAAUGCGAACAUCGAUACCAUGAGGCUUGCUUGAAGCAAAAAGGCAUGGAAUGUGGAGUUGCUUCUGAUUACUGGUCAUGUAGUGACCAAUGUGAGAAGGUUUACACCCAUCUUAAGUCUCUCAUUGGACUACCGAAUCAGCUAAGUGAUGGCCUCUCUUGGACACUUUUGAAGUGCAUCCCUCGUGACAAGAACAACCAUUCUGCCCAGCAGUUUCCUCCUUUUAAUGCAGAAUGCAACUCCAAGUUAGCAGUGGCCCUUACCAUUAUGGAGGAAAGUUUUCUUCCAAUGGUGGAUCCUAAAACGGGCAUAGAUAUGAUACCUCAAGUGAUCUAUAACCGGAGAUCACAUCUCGGGCGACUGGACUACUGUGGAUUUUAUACUGCUGUUUUGGAAGAUGAUGACAUUAUGGUGUCAGUAGCCUCAAUUAGGAUCCAUGGGACUAAGGUAGCAGAGUUACCUUUAAUUGCAACUUGCACCAAAUACCGCCGCAAGGGAAUGUGUCGUCGGCUAAUGAACUGCAUAGAGGAGAUGUUAAAGUCAUUGAAGGUUGAGAAACUUGUGCUUUCUGCAAUUCCCAGUUUAGUGGAGACAUGGACUAUGAGGUUCGGCUUUGAACCCUUUGAAGAUAAUGAUAAAAGAAGCUUGAGCGAUAUAAACACGAUGGUGUUUCCUGGAAGUGUGUGGUUAAAGAAGUCACUGUAACAGACUCCCAAGAUGCGCAAACGUAAAGGAAUAGAAGACUCCUCACCCUAUUUAGAGUUUACACCGUCUCCUAAUGGUACAUGUGCUGAAAUUGAACUAAAGGCUGUGAUGGAGAGAGCUUUCAAACCAGACAAGCAGGCGCUGCCAUGGAUCUUCUUUUGGUGAAAAGCGAAAGGCUGCUGCACGUUGAAUUACCAAAUCACUCCAUCGAAGCCCUGACUUGUCACUGAGCAGUUGUCAACUUGUCCUGGAGGAAGCAAAUACUGUAUAUGUGCAAUGCAUGGAAAUAUUUGGAGAAGCAUUUCAUCUUAAUUAAAUUGUAGAAAGAACAUCAAUGAUAGGCUGAGGGCCUAUUCAGCUUUUUCUCCAUCAUAGUGGAGGAUCUAGGGGAGUCAAGUGC